UAAUUUCAAAAUGAAUUCUCAAUGUGCCUGAUUAACAAGGGAAAUUUCACACGUCAUCCAUCGCUACAAAAAAGGGGCAAGCCAGGCGUCGAUCGGAGAAGCUACUUCCACUGCCACAUUCCCAAAUCGCACACUCGGUCAUUUGACAACACCCAACCCUCAAACCUAUCUCAAUUACCGCCAUCCCAAUUCCCAAACUCAUUCUCAUCCUCUUUCUCAAUGUCCUGAAUCAUUAAUUUUCGUAAAUACUUCAAUUUGUUUAGGACUUGUGCUUGGGUUUUUGAAGAUGGAUAUCGAACAAAAACAAGCUGAAGUUAUCAAUCACUUCGUCAAGCAAGCAUCAACUCUUCAAGUCUCGCUCCUCACGCCCCUUAUUGUUGAGGCCACUGCUCAUCCAUCCCUCUUCGCGUUCUCUGAGAUUCUCGCUGUACCCAGCGUUGCUGAGCUUGAAGGAACUGAAAAUUCGCGGUACCUGGACGUUCUUCGGUUGUUUGCAUAUGGCACAUGGACUGAUUACAAGAACAAUGCUGGUCGUCUUCCAGAGCUGAUUCCUGAUCAAGUCCUCAAGCUUAAACAACUUACUGUGCUUACAUUCGCUGAAACAAACAAGGUUCUACCGUAUGAUCAACUUAUGCAAGAGCUAGAUGUUACAAAUGUUCGUGAACUUGAGGAUUUUCUGAUCAAUGAGUGCAUGUAUGCGGGGAUAGUUAGAGGAAAGUUGGAUCAGUUGCGAAGGUGCUUUGAGGUCCAAUUUGCAGCUGGGAGGGAUCUGAGACCUGGACAACUUGGGAAUAUGUUACAAACACUAUCAAACUGGUUGGCCACGUCAGAGGAUCUACUUGUAUCAAUUCAGGAGAAGAUAAAAUGGGCCGAUACUACGAGUGAAUUGGACAAGCAGCACCGAAAGGAUGUGGAAGAUAGGGUUGAAGAAGUAAAGAAGUCCCUCUCCCUCAAGUCGAUGUGUCUUACUUACGUUCUGGCAGAAGUUACACACUGUAAGCAGGCCGACAUUGACUUCAGAAGCAAUGACGAGAUCUACUUUCAACCUGGUGGAGUGAUGGACUAUGAGGACCGAAGCCGAUCCAAAAGGAGGCGGCAUCCAAGAUCUUGAAGGUAUAGAUAUAUCAAGAAUUUCAUUGGAUGGGUUUUUAAGCAACAUGCCAGAUUUUCAUUCGUGGCAUUCUAACAACAGAUGGUUGCUGCUUUGAAGGAUAACUGCACUUGCACUGACAUUGUAGUUUUCAUUGUCAAUUUGAAUUGAUAUGUGGAAACUGUUGCCUUGUUUUUGAACCUACCAUUACGCAUAUUGAGUUAGCUAGAGAAUGGAACCAGAGUUGGUGGUGCGGCUGAAAAUUUUACGAGGUCUGAAGCUCAAUUUUAUAAUUCCCAUAAUCCAAAAUUCUGAUGCUUUCCCCUCAAUUUGCCACAAAAAUAGCUUGCAGAUGAUGUAUUAUAGCUGCUUCCUGCUUGAAAGUUUUAACAGGUCUCUUUUGUAGUGGUAAAGCUUCUAUCUGCCUGAUAAAUGCUUGCUGUCUUUGUUUCAAUAACCUGAAAUCUAUGCACUUUGUACUUUUCGUU